GAUAUCGCAGCCAUGGUGAGCUGUCAGACUCCCGGAGAGCGGGGCUGCGCUGCGCUGCUGGCUGCUGCGCUCCUCAGCCUGCUGCUCGCAGGGAUGCAGCAGACCGCAGCGUUUCCCUCCUGGAGGUUAGAGGAAGAAGCUCAAACCACUGUGCUGUUCAUUGGGAUUCGCAAAGAAGCCCGGUCACAAGUGCUCCACCUGUCCAGGAACAAGCGCUACACCCUCACGCCGGAGAAGCUCAAAUGGGACAAGUUCAAGCUGACAUACAAGUUGCUCUCCUUUCCGACCAACUUGAUAAAUGCCAGCGACACUCGCCGUGGCAUCGCCAAGGCGUUUGGCAUGUGGAGCGACGUCUCGCCGUUCAGCUUCAGGGAGGUGCCAGCUGACCAAGAGGCAGACAUUAAGAUCGGCUUUUACCCAGAAAACCACACAGAUUGCCUGGAGUCCUACUUGCACCAUUGUUUCGACGGUAUCACCGGAGAACUGGCUCAUGCCUUCUUCCCGCCGACAGGAGAGAUCCACUUUGAUGACAGCGAAUACUGGAUUCUGGGAAACAUGCGCUUCAGCUGGAAAAAAGGAGUUUGGCUGACCGAUCUCGUCCACGUAGCCACGCAUGAGAUCGGCCAUGUCCUGGGACUCAUGCACUCCAUGGACCCCAAAGCUAUAAUGCACCUGAAUGCAACACUAACAGGGCGUAAGCUAAUCACGCAGGACGAGGUGUGGGGUUUGCACCGUCUCUACGGAUGUUUGGACCGGUUAUUUAUCUGUCCAGCCUGGGCUCGGAAAGGCUAUUGCGACAGCAAGCGCAAGCUGAUGCAGAAGCACUGCCCCUCCAGCUGUGAUUUCUGUUACGAAUUCCCUUUCCCCACCGUAGCGCCCACGCCGGCUCCCCCAAGGACGAAACACAAGCUGGUCACCGAGGGCAAAAAGCUGACUUUUCGAUGCGGGAAGAAAAUAGCUUCAAAGAAAGGCAAAGUAUACUGGUACAAGGACGGGGAGCUGCUGGAGUACUCCCACCCCAACUACAUCUCCUUGAAAGACGACCACAUCACUAUCGUGGCCAACGCCAUCAACGAAGGCACAUACACCUGCAUCGUGAAGAAGAAAGACAAAGUUCUCACUAACUACUCAUGGAGAGUGCGCGUGCGCUUCUGAGAGCGGCGCCGGCUCACCCGCACACUGAGGAGGAGACGUUCACAGGCACGGUCACCCGGAGACCUCAUUCACUAGGGCACAUAUUUCUUCAUCUCUUUCUGUGGGAAGUGUCUUUUCUGCAUCUUUCACAUAAAUCUUUGUCUUUGUG